AUAAAAGAGAGAGCAAUGAAGUAUUAAGGAGGUUGGUAAGAGGCAGAAAUUGAAGAUUUGAAUCAGAAGCGACGCAAAAAUGGGUUGGAUCGGUGAGACUGUGGAAUCCAUUAAAUCUCUUCAGAUCCGCCAGGUCCUUACCCAGGCUGUUAGUCUCGGCAUGAUUGUUACAUCUGCACUGAUAAUAUGGAAGGCGCUCAUGUGUUUCACUGGAAGUGAAUCUCCCGUUGUGGUUGUUCUUUCUGGAAGCAUGGAACCAGGAUUUAAGAGGGGGGAUAUCCUAUUUUUGCACAUGAGCAAAGAUCCGAUUCGUGCUGGGGAGAUUGUGGUAUUCAACGUAGAUGGCCGUGAGAUUCCAAUUGUUCAUCGUGUAAUUAAGGUUCACAAUCGACAAGAUACCAGGGAGGUUGAUGUUCUCACGAAAGGAGACAACAAUUAUGGGGAUGACAGGCUACUGUAUGCUCAGGGUCAGCUAUGGCUGCAGAGGCACCACAUUAUGGGAAGAGCUAUUGGGUUCUUACCUUAUGUUGGCUGGGUGACUAUCGUUAUGACUGAAAAGCCUGUCAUCAAGUAUAUUCUCAUUGGUGCUUUGGCUUUGCUGGUAAUAACUUCAAAAGACUAGAAAAAGAUAUUAUUGUAAGAAGAGCCAGCACCUCCUUGAGGGUGUGAUAUUGCAUUAUCCUUUGUAUCAUUUGACUAUUUAAUGUUAUGAACUAAUCCAAAGCAGUUUGAUUUCGA